UCUCUUUUCAGCACUGAUAUAAAAAGAUCUGACCUGCAAGAAAAACACUUCAAAAGCGAUGUAUUUGUGAACAAAAGGAAAUGGAAUAAGAUGUGAUACACACAUGUAGACGCUGUGACUGUGACACACUUCCAUGGAAGCAGUCUCAGUUCCUGUUGUGUCAACCCAGCUCAGGCUUAUGGCUACAUACAAGUAAUGUCCAGGUAUUGUAAACACCAGACGUCUUUCCACUGUUGCGUAAUGUAUCUAUUUAAAGUAUACAAAGUAGUUCAAACAGCAGCAAUUAAUCCUGUAUAUUGUUCUAUUUCUGGUGCAACAUCAUAUGGAGUCCCCGGCCUCCCAAAACAGGAUAUUUAUUUGGCAGCUGUCAGCCUCGAAUGAUAAAAAAGGAAUCUGUCGCUACAUGAAAAAUGAAGAAUCAGUGGAGUAUGACUUGAAUAUGUUACACAGACACCUUUCUUAGAAGUGCUGGGCGCAAAACAGGCAAAUGACGUCAUCAGGAAGGAACGCUGGUGUUUUCAAGUAGCACGAGGAUUUCAACGCCACUUUUCGAGGAAGUUCGGUAAAAUGGCAAAGAAUAAACAAAAGGGGAAAAAACAGAAGAACGUCUUUCAAGUGGCAAACAAGCACUUGAAGAACAAGACCAAAGCGAAACCCGUCACAACAACACUCAAACAUAUCAAUACAGUGAAAAAGGAGAAAGUGGAGAGUCUAAAUCAAAUCUUCACAGAAGUCCAGAGGGAUGUUAAGAGCAUUUCAAAGUCAGUCGCUCCUGAACCAAAGAAACAAAUACAGGUUGUCAGAGAGCCACCAAAGGAAUCUGUCAAUAUCGACAAUGCCGCUCAACUCUUCUCUCAGCUAUAAUGAUAUAAAAAUAAGAUAUUACCAUGAACACAGAUGAUGGACUGAAUAUGCUCUCAAAGCAUUUUGUCAUUUCUCUUCAAAAUGAGGACUACAGAUGAGCUGCCAAGAACCUGCUGCAUUGAUAUGGGAGUGAAACCUCAUGUGCAACUCAAGGUUUUUUGCGUAUUAUGUGUGCACAAAGAAAUCAAAUCUACUGACUUGAACACUGUCAGUUGUAACGUUCUUUCAGAUUAUGCACCUUUGUGUAUUUUAUUAAUAUUCUUUUAGACUUUGAAUACACAUUGUCAUUAUUGAUUCUCAGAAAAUGCUUACGUUAGAGCAGAUUCAAACUGUAAUGUUAUAUAUGGCACGAACAAUAAGUUAAAUGAAACAAAAUAAAGUGUUGAUAUGUCAGAUGACUAAUCUUUUCAUUAACCGAUUCUCUUUAAAACUCUUUGUGUGCCGUGUAGUC